CAGGCGCUCUUCGCCUGGCUUUUGCGACACUUAAGAUGGCCGCCUCCAUGGAGUGAGGGCUGCAGGACGGAGGGAGUUUGAUUAAGCGGCUCCGGCUAAGAUGCUGCGCUGGAGGCCUUGGCGGUCCCUUAUAGCAGGAGGAGGAAGGGAAGCGAGGCAGGCCCGGCGCCUCUUCUCGGGCUCCCCCCGGUCGGGCUCCCACUGGAGCAAAGUGGUCUCGGAGGCGGAGAAGAUCGUGGGCUACCCGACCUCCUUCAUGAGCCUCCGCUGCCUCCUCAGCGACGAGCUCAGCAACAUCGCCAUGCAGGUGCGCAAGCUGGCCGGCACCAAGCACCCGCUCCUCGACACCGCCAGAGGUUUUGUGUCUGAUAGCAGAAACAAUCUGCAGAUGAGAGGUCUGGUGGUUUUACUUAUAUCUAAGGCAGCUGGACCUAGCAUAACAACAGAGAAUUCCCUUCAGAAUGAUAUGAUCAGUGGAAUAUAUCCCAGCCAGCGCACUCUGGCAGAGAUUACAGAGUUGAUCCACACCGCUUUCCUGGUACAUCGUGGGAUUGUAAACAUUGGUGAACUGACAUCUUCAGAUGGCCCAUUGAAGGACAUGCAGUUUGGAAAUAAAUUGGCAGUCUUAAGUGGUGAUUUUCUACUAGCAAAUGCAAGCACAAACCUUGCUACACUACAAAAUACUAAGGUUGUAGAGAUCAUGUCAAGUGCCAUUGGUGAUUUAGUACAAGGAAUAUAUUAUGAAAAUUCAUACUUAGCAGAGGAAAACGGUUUAACAGAUGACAUUGGAAUAUCAAUUUGGAAAGAACACGUUUUCCUAUCCCAUAGUGCUUUGCUGGCAAAGAGCUGCCAAGCUGCCAUGGAACUGGCAAAACAUGAUGUGGAGACCCAGAAUAAGGCCUUUAAUUAUGGGAAGCACAUGUCUAUGAGUCGUAAGCUAAAUGUCGACAUUCAACCAUUUUUUAGUGAAAGUUCUAAUGACUCUGUGGCCUUCAAUUUAAAUUCUGCUCCAGUUAUCUUGCAUCAGGAAUUAAUUGGAAGAGAAACCUGGAUUAAGCAGGUUAAAGAGGCUCGAACUAAAGGGAACUUAAUAGACUACAGUAAGUUGCGAGAGGCAAUCAAGGCUGGCAAAGGUGUGACUUCAGCUAUUGACCUAUGCCGUUUCCAUGGGAACAGAGCGCUGGAGGCUCUGGAGUGCUUCCCUCCCUCCGAGGCCAGAUCUGCUUUGGAAAACAUCGUUUGUGCCGUGACAAGGUGGUCAUGAUGUACCACCGGAAAAAGAGGCUAUUCUUCAUUUGCAGAAAUAAGUGGAACACAUAGUAGUUCUGCAACAGUUAGUACCUGCCAUCGCUAGGCAUCCAAAUGUGUUGGUGGUGGGCUUUUUUUUUUCUUCCUUUAAGUGUUUCUGUUCCACUCACCACAUUCCCGAAUGAACAUCUAUCCUUCGGAACUGCUACAAACAAAAUUAGGGAAAAAAGGUCAAACAGUUUUCACUUGUCAUGCCAGAAGCACACUUGAGGCUGCACCGGUAGAAAUAAUUAAUGAGACUCACUUCUGUGACCUCAGCAAAUGGACAGGAAAUAAGUCCUUAUUGAUUGGACAUAGCCAGGGAUGGCGCCAGUGUGGUGGCCUGUGGUUUUCCUGCUCUGGAGAAGGCAGAGGGGGGCCUGAAGCGGCAGGUGUCGGGAGGGAGGCUUUCCAAACCGAGCAGAGAGAUAGAUGCCUGUUUAAAACCAGAAUUAAUGUGCCAGUUUAUCAACAUGAAGGGCAGCUCGAUGAUUUAGGCAGGGAAAGGAGGGGUUUCUUUUUUUUUUAUCUUAUCAAUAUGCAGCUCUGUCUUCUCAAACUGUUUCUCCAUGUAUUUAAACAUAAAAUUGCCCCACACUUAAUGUGCUGCAUGUUUGAAAGAGCUGUUGAGGGAACACAUUGGGUAUGGUAAGAGCUUUACGAUAUUAAUUUGAUUCUGUGUAAAAGAACAAUUUUGAAUGUCAAGUUUGUCAAGUCUUCAGUUUGGCUCCAAAUAAUGAAAUUUUAAACUUCCAAGCAAGUGAAAAGUUGCCUUUUUUAUAUCAUGUCAUUUCUUUCAACAGAGGCAGGCACUGAGUUUUACUACAUUUACAAAACAAUGUUUUUGUACACACAAAAUAAAUAGGUCUUCGUAAGACUGUGUGAAUUGUAUGACAUAAAGAAUUAGGUUCUCCCCAUCCACCGCCUUCUUCGGUGCAAGGUUUCAUCCUGAAGAGAUGUAUAUUACAUGAGAAGUUUUUUAACCUUACUGCGUUGAAUGUUAAAAGUCCAAUUAUAGGGAGAAUACAAGGUAUAUCAGAAGCCUGCAAUCUGACACUGUCUCUAUUUUGUUCAUAGGAGAUGAUUUUUGUGGUUUGCAUGCUUGCAAUCUGAGAACAUCGUUGACAAGAAGGCUGAGUUUACAUAAAUGAUCCAGAUUGAGACUCAGCUACCUUUCUUCCUUCUGUGGUGUAAUUACAGCCCAAUCUGGAGACAGCUAGCACAGCAAACAGAUUUCAUUACAUUGCUCUCUCAAACACUAAGUGGAGUUAUUUCAGUUAACUUUCUUCUUCUUCUUCUUCCUCUUCUUCUUCUUCUUCCUUUCUUACACACAUGCCCAUAUACUCACAGACCUUCUAUAUAAUGAACCACUAUGUGAUCUUCAACUUUAAAAAAAGGUCACACAUUUAAUUAUAAUCAUAACAGAAAGAGAUUAAGCAUCUUGAUAACCUUAGUUAGGGCUAAAUUUGAAUGUGUUGCUUGUUGCCAAAAAUAUUAGACUGGAUGAAAAUAGAGAUCAGACUAGUUAAAUCCUCUAACCAUUAUACACUGAAGAAAAAUCCAGCCUGAAAAGAGAACAUCAAAAAUUAUGUAGGGUAAUAGUUUUCAGUUUCAAUGUGUAUUUUUAGCAUCUUUAAUAGUCUUUUAAAAGUAUGGAUGACACAGUAAUGCAACUCACAAAAUGACAAUUUUCUCCUAUUUUCUUCUUCCCAUUUACCAUGUACUAGUCCCUGUAAUAAAGAUGACAAUUUUCUUAAAAAGAGGAGAGAGAAAGGAGGAAGAGGGGAGGAUGACAGCAAGCAGGUGAUAUUGCUUGAUGUAGAUAGAAAAAGCUGCAAUCGGUCACCAAAUGAAUCUAAGAGCUUAUUCCAGGAAGUAAGAAUGUUCUCUACAUUUUUCUCUCACACACUUUUAACAUAGACUGCACUCUGUUUAAUUGCCUAGUCCUACAGAUCUUUCAUCCACUGCUUAGAUCUCCAGACAAAUUGUUGGCUAUUAGCAUUGUAAAAACCACCACUUAGUUUCCCCGGGAUUAUGAUUUUACAAAAACUGUCCAGACCCUCCUAGAAAACCGCAGCAUCUAUGUGGAGUUUCAAGGCAGGAAAAGUAGAUAGAGGCAAAAGAAUGGUUUAUCCCAAGGAAGCGUUCUUGUAUGACCUUGUUUAACAUCUUUACUAAUGAUCAGCCAUAGCCACCACUCACAAAGAGCUUUAUAUAUGCUGAUGACCUUGGCCUAACAACACAAGCAAAAGACCUUGAAAGAUUUCUCCAGCUAUUACAAAGAUAACCACCUGAAGCCUAACCCUGUCAAGAUGCAAGUGUGUGCUUUCCACCUACAUAACCCUGAAACCAACAGGAAAAUGAAAGUUAUCUAGGAAUGCCAAGAGCUUGAACAAUUUCCAUCCUAAAUAUUUCAGUGCCAACUUAGAUUAAACACUUACAUUUAGGAAACACUGUAUGAAUACCAAACACAAAGUAGCUGCGUGCAAUAACAUCCUGAGGAACUUACUGGCAGCGCAUGGGGUGCCAACCCAAAAUUAAUAAGAACAUCAACCCUAGCCUUGUCUUACUCAAUUCCUGAGUAUGCCUGCCCUGUUUGGCACAAGUGUGCCCAUGCGAAGCAGGUGAACAUAGCACUGAACAAAACAUGCAGAAUAAUCACAGGAUGUCCUAAACCUAUACCUGUUGAUAAACUCUACAAGCUAGUUGGCAUUGCUCCCCCAAUGUGUGACGGGAAGUUGCUGCUAACAGAGAGAAAUAAUGUUGAACACUGUGAAAACCACCCUCUGCAUGGCUAUCAGCCUCCUCCCAGUAGACUCAAAUCAAAGAAAAGCUUCAUGAGAACCACUAUUCCUCUUAAUGUUUCCCCAACAACAGCAAGAGUAUCCCUCUGGGCAGCUAAUCCAGGAAAUCCAAAUUGAUGGCCCCCCACCAGGGUCUGCCUCCAGGGGCAAACCAAGAAUGGGCAACUUGGAAGUCCCUGAACAGACUCAGAAGCAGAGUUGGCAGAUCAAAAGACAAUUUGGCCAAAUGGUACUACCUAGAAGAAUCCUCCACCUUGUGUGAUUGUGGAGCAGAACAAAUAAUUCUGCAUGCGUAUGCUUGUCCACAGUGCCCUGCCUUAUGCACAAAGGAAGAAUUGUUUAGAGUCAUGGACAAUGCAGUCACUGUUGCCUGUUUUUGGUCUAAAAUUAUUUAGGUGCUUGUGUUUCCUCUAUUUUUAUCAGUUUAAUACUUAUUUAUGCAAUGCUUUUGAUAGAAAAUAAAUAAUUUAGCUCCCAGCAGCUCUCAGUAAUCAUAUUUUGUGUCCAAUGGAUUAGCCCCACCUCUGAAGACAGCAUCUUAGAUAACAUUUUAAGACCUAGAGCUUUAUGACAUAUCAAGAGUGCUAUUUAUUCUGACAUCUUUUCCAAAAAAUAAGUCAAGUUACUGCACUGUUCCUGAAAAUAUGAAUGAGUUCUACUCUCAACUGUUCCAUCAACAUUUAUUAUCAGAUAGUGAAAAAUGGAUGAGUAUUUGAUUCCUGCAGACUCUGAAAUUCUGCUGAAUCUAAAGAAUAAAUCUGAAGUAGAAGUCUUUAUGACAGUUCAUCUUCUCAUUCUGAGUCUGAACACUUAGGGAAAUGUGGCACAGAGAACUACUUAUGUAUAUAAGCAGAAUGCAAAGUGAUCUUGUGGCACUUCAGAAACAGAACAAACAGAACAAAGUUGGUAGCAUAAGCUUUUGUAGAUGAAGUGUACAUUCUCAGGUGCCUCUGUGGAAGUAGACUUAGUCUAGGAAAGUUUAUGCUACCAACUUCUUUCUCUCCAUCUCUAAGAUGCUACAUGGUCUCUCUGCAUACUUCUUUUUCAGAUUAGCACAGCCCUGCCUGAAUUUUAUAAACAGAGUUGGAUUACAGAAGAGAUCUAUAUGCCUUUGAAGUUCAUGGCAGAGAUGUUUGUCAUGUGUGAUGUUACUGGUACUAUCCAUAGCUAUCUACUAGUACUUCAGAUGCUCUAACAUAUUUUCAACAAAUUAUGGCAUGACCUAACUAAAAAAUCUUUGUAUCCAACAGUAAGACACAUAGCCAUAAAGAUGUCUGGAUUCUAUGAAAUAAUAUGUAAUCAUAUACUAGCAUCAGUCUUGCUAAUUGCAUAUACUGUACCUGUUUGGAGAAUAAAAAGGUCAUACUCCUACAUAGAUGUGCAAUAUUAAGUUUCAGAUAUAUUUAGUAAAAAUAUUACCAUUUAAGCAGCAUGAGCAUGAAGAUGAAAAUAUCCACGUAUUUCAAUAUGUCAAACUUUUAAAAACAAAUAAUUCAGAUUACAAAUAAUGGAACAUGAAAACUACAUUUAAAGUAACUAAACAAAAUCAGUUGUGUUUAUGAGAUCUAUCCUGUGACAAAAUAUCUAAUUAUAAACUAAAGAUCACAAAGGGGGUUCCAUAUUCACAUAAUGUAUAAAUGAUAAUUUCUUAAAUUGAUGUUAAUUUCAAGUUUAGCAUUUCUUCAAAGGGUAUUAAGUUAGAAAACAAAGAACCUUGAGGGUUGCUUAACAAAAAGUCAUAGGCUCAAUCAGCUAGAAACAGGCCCUGUGUAAACUCCCAUUUGAAAUACAGUAGACACAGUUAACCAGCACCCACAGAGAUUGGUAGAUGCCAGAUAAAUAUAGCUUCUGGUUGCUUGGAAGUUAAUAAUAAUAAUAAUAAUAAUAAUAAUAAUAAUAAUAAUAAUAAUAGGCGUAAUACUAUACUCCAUACUAUGCCAUACUAUAAAUUCUUUAUUGAUUUGAUAUUAAUAUUGAAACAGUAAUUAAAAGCAAAUUAAGACAAAAACAAACUUAAUAUAACAUACUUUUACUAUACUGUAUUAUAAAAACAGCUUUGUGGAUGCAGUAUUUUUCUUUGAUUUUUUUUGCCAGUUGCUUGAGACUUCUAGUUGCUUCGGUUCUGGUUAGCUGAGAGUCUAUUGUAAUUGGAAGUUUUCAGUUUUGCCUCAGAUAAUAGGUUUGUUUCCUAAUGAGAGCACUGGAAUCUUACAGAUAAAUCACAACCUAAAUUUAUCCCCCUAAACCAGUGGUUUUCAACCUGGGAUCCCCAGAUGUUUUUGAUAAACUGGUUGGGAUUUCUGAAAGUUGUAGGCCAAAAACAUCUGAGGACUCCAGGUUGAGAAUUACUGACCUAAAUUUACAAUAACCUGUUUCAGCAAGCUGCGCUCUGUCAGGAAACAUUCAGUUGUGUCUGUCAGGUUGCUGAGUGACUCUAUAUAAACUACUCAACCUCUUGGUUUAUAUUUUCAAUCUCUAAUACUGAUAUAUAAGAUAUCACUGGUGUUCAAUGAGAUGGUGAAACUUGAUUUAUUGUGCAAUGCCUGAAAUUGUCAGCUGUAGAUAAUGCAGAGUUAUUUGCUGCUAGUAUGUGUAUUGUGUAUUUUUGUCUACCACAAGAAUUCCCUCGUCUCCAACGUAAGUAUGUUUUGGUAGGUGAUAAUAACUGUUGCAAAACUUCAGGUGCUAUUCAUAGUUCCAUUUGCACCUAAUGCUCUUCUUGGUUUUGAUUGUCACUUGUAAGAAUAAUUUGGUUGUUUUUUAACACAUGUAUACUGGGGUUUUUUUUCCAUUAAGAAAAAGGCAGCAUACUUUGACAAUCCUUCUGCACUUGAUCUUAAUAAAACCCAAGGAGAGCGAGUGGCCAAAGGACAUCCAGUGGCUUUCAUGUUUCAAUGUUAAGCUUAAACCUGAAUUUCUCAAAUCUAGUUCAGCCCGCUACACCACAGUUGAUCCCAGAUAUUAACAUACUUUCUAACAAAGCAUGCGAUGUGUAGGAUACCAUAAAUUCAUGAGUUUUUAAAAUUCUCACAGACAGCCUGUAUGGUAGAAGUACUUUAGCAAUGUUGGUAAGAGUCUGUGACAUCCAAAUAUCUAUACAAGUAUAUCUGAGUUAACAAAGUUAAUGUUGCCCCGGGCUUUACAUCUUUAACAGAAAUAUUGGUAACAUACGCAAGGAAAUAGAAUCCUGCACCAAAGAGAAGAAGAGUAGUUCAACAUUUAAGCAAAACAAAUGUUCAAAACAAACAUUAUAAACACAUGAAAUGAAACAAAUAGGUCAAUUAAGCCUUGCUUAAGUAAACAUUUUGAAUCUUCUAGAGACCAAUUAAAAACUUCUUAAAAUUGUAUCCUGGGAUGUGAUUUCUCUUCUAUUAACAAGCCCCCAUUUUUCUCAUGAUUUCUUUAUCGGUGGAAAAACGUAUAGUUCUAUUUUUUUUUUCAACAUGCUACGUUAGCUGAUGAGGCAAACUAACCUUUCUUCUUUUGUUUUGCCCUUCAUAAAUGCUCAGAAAAUAAUUUUGGAGGCAGCUGUUUCCUUUGCCUGCUGUAGGUUUGUACACUAGGGUACAGUAGGGUCACCAAAUUAGAAUCCCAUUCUUUCCAAGAUCAAGCUUGGGGACAUUGUUUACUUCAGACAUAUUGUUGCAACCCAUCACUGAAAGUCUUUCUAGCCCUCUUUCACCAUUCUUUUGCAAUGCUACUAAAGACCGAGCUAGACAGAAGACAGGGAAGUCAUAGAUGUGGACUAGGCUCUCAUAAAAACACUUUGUUAAAAGGACCUUCAUCAGACGCUUUGUUAACAGAUGUGCCUGCAUAUGGUCUGCCAGUUUGAGAGCAGCAGAAUCUCUUGCUCUUAAGUCAACAACAUACCUACUGCCUUCUGUCUAACUGGACACUAGUACUCUUUUUUCCCCAUUGGAGUUUUGCUAAAACAUUAAAAUAUUCCUGCAAGCAUUGUCUAUAGAUAAUCCUCUUUUUCGAUAGAUCUGCUUCACAUCAUCCACAAUCUGACCAUGGCUACCAUAUUUAAUAAUAAUAAUAAUAAUAAUAAUAAUAAUAAUAACUUUAUUCUUAUACCCCGCCCCAUCUCCCUGAAGGGACUCGGGGCGACUUACAUGGGGCCAUGCCCAAACACAACAAUAUAAAAGCAAGCAAAACAAUAAAGCAAAUCACUCAACAAUAAAAACAACAAUAUCAAUAAAAACGGUCAUAAAAGGUCAACAUACAAAAUAAGGUGUUAAAAACAUGGGUUUUAUUUAAUGAAGUAUACAUAUUUAAUCAAGUAUACAAUGUAAACCAAAUAAAGAUAAAUUGUACAUAUAAGAAUAAUUCAUCCUACCUUCUUUAGUUUUUUUUUAAAGAUGGUGUUGCUCAUAAUAUACAGGCUUUGUAAUGUCUUUUUCCUUCAUUUUUUCAUUAUUACCUCAGCAUUAGUUAGAAGAGUACUUUGGCUCCCCCAUGUGUAAGAGAUUCUUCUACAGAGGUCUGAAUCCCUUUUUCCCCUAAAUGGAUUAUUUCAGGGGUUUUGUGCCUGUAUUUGAGAGAGAUUUAGCAAUUUAUUCUUCACUUUCUGAAAUAAAAACAGAAUUUUAUAAUAUUUUAAUUAAAACCGAAAGCUAUGAAUUUUCAUGAUAAAUCUGUCAAAUCUUUCUAAAGCAAUUCCACUACUGCAAUUAGAUAACCAACUAUUUUAAAAUGCAUUUUCUGCUGGUUACUAACUUUUCCACAGUAAAACUAUUUUAAAAUUAUAGUGGUACUUAAAAAGUGAAUAUUUAUAGUCUUGUAUGUAUCUGAUUUUUUGUAAUGGUUUAUAUAUAGAAAGAUGUGGUAUAGAAAAAGAUUGGACCAGCAACCAUCUCGCAAGAAUCUUAAUCUUUUCUACCCUUUCAUGGAAAGCAAACUGUGUUCUUUAUAACUGAUUACAAACAUUAAUUAUGUUGUUACAUGCCACCUACAUGUCAUUUCAGACUUAUGGUGGCCCUUGGGCAAAUUUAUCAUGGGGGUUUCUUGGCAUGAUUUGUUCAAGGGUUAUUUACCUUUCCCAUCUUCUGCGGAUGAGAAAGUAGGACUUGCUCAAAGUCACCUAACAGAUUUCCAAAUGAACAGGGAUUUGAACUCUGCUCUUCAGAGUUGAAGCCCAAUGCUCAUACCACUACACUAUGUUGACUCUCUGCCACCCUUUCAUAGGAAUAUAAAAUAAACUGUGUUUGGGGUAUGUUUUUUACAUUUAUCCACAGUAUAUGGUGUUUUGGUUAGUAAACCUGUCACCACUUUAUUUCCAAUUAAAAGUAAGCUACACCAGUUUAUCAUUGUUUUCAUUAUGCCCAAAUAUUAAAUGUGGAAGAGACAAAAGUUUUCCCUUGCUAAACAAUAUGUAUUUAUUAGUCUCUAGGAAACCUUUGGUGUUCCUUUGAGGAUUUCCAGUAAGAUAUUACUUUUAAUGGCACUCCUGUGAUGCACAAAUGGAAUGGAGUAUACUAUUGAGUACCCAGGAAUAUUCAUAAUUUACUCAGCAGUAAAAAAAAAAACCUGACCAGAGUUCAAUGGUUAUGUGGGUCCUUGAAGAUAUCACCAAAAUUUAAAUGAUGGCACAAGAGCUUCUAAGACAGCGAUUCUCAACCUGGGUGUUGGGACCCCCGGGAGGGGGGGGGGGGUCUCGAGGGAAUGUCAAAGGGGUUGCCAAAGACCCAUCAGAAAACACAUAUUUCUGAUGAUCUUAGGAACCACUUUGGCAGAGAAGGCUGAAGAUCUCCCUGUCUGUCCUCUUCCUUUUUGGAAACAGAUGGCAAAUACUCCCACCAAAAGCCCAAUUUGCCAAUUCUAUUGUUGAUGGGGUUAAAGGGGCUCUUUGAUUGUAGGUGAACUAUAAAUCCUAACAACUACAAUUCCCAAAUGUCAAGGUCUAUUUUCCCCAAACUUCACCAAUGUUCAAAUUUGGGCAUAUUGAGUAUUUGUGCCAAGUUUGGUCCGGAUCCAUCAUUGUUUUGAGUCCACAGUGCUCUCUGGAUGUAGGUGAACUACAACUCCAAAACUUGAGUUCAAUGCCCACCAAACCCUUCCAGUAUUUUCUGUUGGUUAUGGGAGUUCUGUGUGCCAAGUUUGGUUCAAUUUCAUCAUUGGUGGAGUUCAUAAUGCUCUUUGAUUGUAGGUAAACUACAACUUCCAAAUUUCAAAAUCAAUCCCCCCUCCUUCCAACCCCACCAUUAUUCAAAUUUGGGCUUAUCAGAUAUUUUUGCCAAAUUUGGUCCAGUGAAUGAAAACACAUCUUGCAUAUCAGAUAUUUACAAUUCAUAACAAAGCAAAAUUACAGUUAUGAAGUAGCAAUGAAAAUAAUUUUAAGGUUGGUGGUCACAACAUGAGAAACUGUAUUAAGGGGUCGUGGCAUUAGGAAGGUUGAGAACCACUGUUCUAAGAAAAAUGCAGGGAGCACCUUGUUUUCAAGGAAGAAUUACAAGUCUGCACUUCUACACUUAAUUUUGUACAAUACACUUUGGUAGUGCUAUUGUGACACACAGAUCUUAAAAUUGGUCUAUGAUAUACAAGUUGGUCCUAAUCAACCAGUUGAGUGCUAAAGGCAUAAAUUAUCACUUCCUUUCUCCUAUCGUUUCAAUUUUGUGGUUCAUUCAUUUUUACAGAGUCAAAUACAUGUACUUAUGGUUCUUUCAAUGGAAAGCAUGGAAAGCAUGACUGAGAAAUAUACCAUCCCUCCCUCCCUCCCUCCCAUAGCUGGUUUCAAUGAAAACUCUCCACCAUUGUCUGAAUAGCUCUUCAUUCCUUGCAUAUGCUCAUCAGAGACCAUUUUCUAUUUCACUCACACAUUCAGCUCUACUAUUUAUAAUCUAGUUAAACAAUGCCAGCAUGCAGCAGUAAAAGGUGUGCAUUUCAUAUGCAAAUCAGUGGCAAUAAUGUUGUACAAUUGCUUACUUGUUUGCAUCAUUAUGUUCAACAGCAGCUUAACAAAGCAGAUGCCACAAAGAAUGUUACUAAAAUGUGGCUUUGUCUUGGCGAUUCCAUCCUCCCUUUCACAUUUUAGCUAAUGAAGCAGUUUAUUCAUAGAUGACAGAAGUAUGAUAGGAAUAUACAGACUGUUCAUUCAUUCUUUUAGAGUGCAAGUGCAAAAACUUCCAUUAGCAUCCCAAUCCUAAAUGUUUGAUGCCAGUGUAUAUCCCAGCAGUGGUGGAUGAGUGGGUAUAGUAUAAUGAAAGAAAAUAAGUUUCUCAGUCUGAACUUCACCUCUUGCACAAGUAGGCAAGCAACAGCACCUCACUCAUAUCUUGUAAUAUUGAAUGUACAGGAAAAGAGAUUUCACCUAAACGUUAAGCUCCUGGUGGUAAGAGCUGUUUGGCAGUGGGAUAUGAUGGCCCAGAGUGUAAUGGAGUCUCCUUCUCUGGAGGUUUUCAAGCAGGGGCUGGAUGGCCACCUGUCAGGAGUGUUUUAAUUGGGUGUUCCUGCCUGGCAGAAUGUAAUUGGACUGGAUAGGCCAUUCAGCCAAUUCUAUGAUUUUUUUUAAAAUAAAACUUGUUUCAAAUAAUUUUUUCUGAUGUUUUAACUCUCUUUAGUCAUUACAUACUACCCCAGGGGUCUUAAAAGUCUGAGAGAUAUAGUUCUAUGCUAUAUAAAAAAACAUUUUAAUAGAUAAAUGUACACAUAGCAGCACCAGACACAAUGGUGAAGCAACUUUUAAAAAUAGAACAAAAAGAUAAUCUUCUAAGAUCUGCCUAUAAAGGGGAAAGUAUGUGUGCAAUCCUUUGAAGAUUUUGUUAAGUCUGACAAAGUAAUAUCAUACAGUAGAGUCUCACUUAUCCAAGACUUGCUUACUCAAGGCAUUUUUGUAGUCAAUAAUUUCAAUAUAUCUUGAUAUUUUGGUGCUAAAUUCUUAAAUGCAGUAAUUACAACAUAACAUUACUGCAUAUUGAACUACUUCUUUUGUCAAAUUUGUUGUAUAACAUGAUGUUUUGGUGCUUAAUUUGUAAAAUCAUAACCUAAUUUGAUGUUUAAUAGGCUUUUCUUUAAUCCCUCCUUAUCCAAGGUAUUUGCUUAUCCAAGGUUCUGCUGGCCCAUUUAGCUUGGAUAAGUGAGACUACUGUACUUUCAAAUAAGUGUGUAUAGGGUUGUAACCAAAAUUGUGGUAUCUAGUGUAAAUAAUAGGAUUCUACUGUCAAUUCUUUGUAACUAUAACUGCAGCAUCCAGAUGUUCGUGGAAGAAAGUUUUUUUCAGAAUAAUGUAUUCUGCAUAAGAUGUGAUAUUAUGUAGACAUUAGUGAGACAGAAAACAAGUUAGUUUGGAAAUAGCUAAAUAUAUAUAUAAACCUAGAACCUCAAAAACAUCAGCCCACUUAUCUACGGAUCAAUUUGAGUACCUUACCUCUUUAUCAGGAAAGGAAUAAUUUCUUCUCUGAGUGGAACAAUGAAAGGCAAGAGCUUAGUCCAUCCCAGGAGAAUUUAAAAGCACUGACCUCUAGUUUCUCUGCCAUGGCAUUGCUUCUGGUCUGUUUAAAUGCCUGGGUGGGAAAAUGGAGGUAGCAGCCAAGGGCAGCUGGCCCCCUCGAGAAGUGGUGUUUUCCCCACUCUAUGAAAUGACCCACAACUUAUUCACAGGUCAUAUCCAAAUCCAUAAUUUUGUCUCCAAAGUCUGCCAUCAGCCUAUACAUGAGGUCAACUGAUACAUAAGCAUAUAUAUAAAAGGGUAAUGAAAUUUCGGCCUAGGACAAAACAACAAAACUACACAUCCCAGAAACACUAAACUUGGCAGCACAACCCGUCAUCCAUGCCUCUACGUUCAUUCAACAAAAAGAAAAGAAAAAUAAAGUCCUAAUUAGAGGGAGAGGAAUAAUUGUUUUUUAUCCAAUUGCUGCCAGUUAGAAGGCUAAGCUCCGCCCACUUGGUCUCCUAGCAACCCACUCAGCCCUGGGGACAGGCAGAGUUAGGCCUCACUUAGGCCUCUUCCACACUGCCUAUAAAAUACAGAUUAUCUGAAUUUAACUGGAUUAUAUGGCAGUGUAGACUCAAGGCCCUUCCACACAGCUAUAGAACCCACUUAUAAUGGACUUAAUGUCAGGGGAAAACCUUUACCCUUUACCUUAACUACCACCAAUUCCUCAAUACUUUAUUUCCCAUACCACCAUACUUCGCCACAGCAACGCAUGGCCGGGCACAGCUAGUAAGCAUAUAUAGUACUUCAAGGAGUUCUCCACAUCCAAUUGGUCAGUUUUCAUCCAGGCUUUGUCCCUCUUUCCUCCAGCCACAAAAUCUCUCAGAUCACCAGCUGAAGAUAUUAAAUCCCCACUCCCGCUGCAAAACCUUUCAGAAAAGUAAUUCCUCCAGGAUUUUUAGCAGCUUUCAUUGAUGCCAACUGAAUAAAAAAGAAAUGUUUAGUUGCAGCAAGGGGAAGCAUUUUUAGAAAAGUGUGUGUGUGUAUGUUCUGUCUGUUGUAUGAGUGUGAGCAGAGCCUUUUCAGUUGUGCCAACAUUGAGUGGUUACUCACAUUUUGGGACAUGGUUCUGCCUACUGCUGAUAUUCUUACCCUAAAGCAAUUUCACUCUCGGCCCAAAACAGUUGCCCUCUCCCAGUCAAAGGACAUACAAUAUGCUAGUGGUACACUGUACUAGGGGAAAUCUAGAGAGGUUUUAAGUUGGCCGGAACCUCUCCAGGAAACUAAACUUUGAUUUAGUGUUGUGUGCCUUCAGUCAUUUCUGAUUUGUGGCAACCCUAAGAUAACCUUACCAAGAUGUUUCCUUGGCAGAAAUUGUUCAGACAGGGUUUGCCUUUGCCUUCCUCUGAGGUUGAGUGACUUGCCCAAGGUCACUCAGUGGGCUUCUAUGAUCAAGCAGUUAAUGUGAUCAUAGUCCAACACUCAAACCACUACACACACUCCCCAAUUUUCUCAAAAAAGAAAUGUUAUCAACCAUUUGUAUGUAAUCUGGUGCUUUCCAGAUGUUUUUUUUUUUUUAAGUAAAACAUGCUGCAGCCAGCACGGCUGAUUAUGGAAAGUGUGACUUAAAACAUCUGAAGGGCAGCAGAUUGUCUGUUCUUGAUCUUGAUGUGUUGUUAAUUAUUGCUAUAAUUGUCAUGUUUGUGCCAGAUCGUUGUUCUUUCAUUCCUUCUCACUUUAGUUUUAUGUAGAGCUAAUACAAUCCGUGUGCCACAAAUAUUAAGAUUUCUCUUUAAUUUUCAAGAGUAGUAUUUCAGCUAAAAACUUUACAUGUGGAGCAAAGUGACCCAUUGCGUAAUUUAAGAUCUUCAGGGGAGGCCCUGCUCUCGGUCCCACCAGCCUCACAGGUGCGGCUACGGGAAUGAGAGACAGGGCUUUUUCAGUGGCAGCCCCCCGCCUAUGGAACAUCCUCCCAAAUGAAAUCAGACAGGUUCCCUCUCUCCUAUCCUUCCGAAAAAGAGUGAAAACCUGGCUGUGGGACCAGGCUUUUGACCAAUAAUAGCAGCAUUAAUUAUAAUUAUAUGAUCCAAGAUAUAAUGACAGACCCGGUUUGGACUCGGAAUGCACCUUGAAUGUAUAUUUAUAUGUAUAUCUAUGAAUGUUUUAAUGUAAUUUAAUUUAAAUGGAUUGAAAUGUGAUUGUAAAUGUUUUAUAUAUGUGUCUUAUAUUUGUAAGCCGCCCUGAGUCCCCUAAUAGGUGAGAAGGGCAGGGUAGAAAUGUUGCAAUAAAUAAGUAAAUAAAUAAAUGCAUUUCUGGAUGA